AUGGACAACAUCGACGAGGAAUACGACCGGCUUGUCAAACACCUUCAUGACUGCGCGAAGAAGGCUGAGAGUAUUAAAACAACCAAGAGACGCCUGUCUCUUGAAACUCUUGAGCUGAUACGCCAGCGUGGAGCAGCACGAGCCGCAGGGAACCAAGAGCUUACGUCCGAGCUCGCAAGGCUUUGCAGAGAGGCGAUAAAGAAAGACCUUAAAGAGAGAAGAGCAGAAGUGCUGGCUGAAGCAGCAGAGGCGGGAAAAAGCAUCCGCUAUGCCCGCCGAGACUUCGCCAGUCGCAAGACAAGGAUGACAGCUCUCCGGAACCCGAAGGGAACAACCAUUGCAUCGAGAAGGGGAAUGGAGAAAAUCAUCUACGACUUCUACUCUGAUCUCUUCGACAGCCGUGCCCACUUGCCUCCUCACCAUCUGAGGGAAGAUGGACAUGUCAUUCCAGCGGUUCUCCCGUCCGAAAUACGACAUGCUAUCAUGUCGGUGAGAAAUCGUACAGCAGCCGGUCCCGACAGAAUAAAACCAGAACACCUGAAGAACCUUCCGCCAGUACUCAUCAACACCCUGGCGAGGAUCUUCACACGUUACCUGUCGGAAUGCAAGGUCCCUAAACAGUGGAAGACCAGCAAGACCGUGUUGCUGUAUAAAAAGGGAGAUCCACAUGACAUCGGCAACUAUCGCCCAAUCUGCUUACUGUCCGUCAUCUACAAGCUCUUCACAAGAGUGAUCCUUAAUAGGAUUGAAAAGGUCUUGGAUGAAGGACAACCAUGCGAGCAAGCAGGGUUUCGAAAAGGAUUCAGCACGAUCGACCAUAUUCACACUGUUUCGAGACUCAUCGAGGUAUCACGAGAGUACAAGAUGCCGCUCUGUCUCACUUUCAUCGACUUGAAGAAGGCCUUUGACUCAGUUGAGACGGAAGCGGUCGUGGAAGCCUUGGACAACCAAGGCGUUCCCACUCAGUACAUAAAGGUGCUUCGAGAGUUGUACAGUAACUUCACGACCGGAAUCUCGCCAUUCUACAAGAAUAUCAUCAUUGACGUGAAGAGGGGGGUUCGACAGGGUGAUACAAUCUCACCCAAAAUAUUCACAGCCACCCUCGAGAACGCAAUGCGAAAGUUGGAAUGGGACGACAUGGGAGUGAAGAUCGAUGGUCGGCAGCUACACCAUUUGCGCUUUGCUGAUGACAUCGUACUGAUAACACCUAGCAUCAGCCAAGCGGAACGAAUGCUGACCGAAUUCGCCGAAACAUGUGGAUGCAUCGGUCUUGAGCUGAAUCUUCAAAAGACGAUGUUCAUGCGGAACGGAUGGAUCUCGGAUGCCCCAUUCACGCUCAACGGAACGAACAUAUCCGAAUGCACCAGCUACGUCUAUCUGGGUCGGGAAUUGAACAUGAUGAACGACCUGGCCCCCGAGCUGAGCAGGAGGAGAAGAGCGGCUUGGGGAGCGUACAAGAGCAUCGAGGACGUAGUGAAGAAGACCAAGAACACCCGGCUCCGUGCUCACCUCUUCAACACCACCGUACUUCCUGCUUUGACCUAUGCCUCAGAAACCUGGGCACUUCGCAAGCAGGAAGAAAACGCGGUGAGCGUCAUUGAACGCGCAAUUGAGAGAGUGAUGCUAGGAGUAUCCCGUUUCAAGCAAGUGAGAGACGGGAUUCGAAGUUCUCUCCUACGUCAGCGAUCGAAGAUCAGAGACGCCGCCGCGUUUGCCAAGGAAAGUAAAAUAAGCGCAAUACAGGAAGACCGCCGACCCGAUGGUCAGAUUUCUUCACGAAGUCCUUCAAAGAAAAUUACGAUGCUCUUCGUGUCCCACGCGAAAGGAGGAACCACUGGGCUACUCUGGCACGCGACCGGGACAAAUGGAAGAAUUACUGGCGCCCGCUCGACCGGUUCGAAGACCAACGGGAGUCAAGGUGAUCAAGGUAAACUCCGUGCUACCGUCGUCUGUGUAGAAUCAGCAGAGGGGUAUCGGUGGAAGCUUUGCAGUGUUGUUGAAUAUUUUAAGAAAGACGUUGGUGUUGAAGAACGGCCACCAGAUCUACCAUAUAGUGGGAUUGUGGGAUCGGUUAAACAAGGUGUUUACAAAGAUGAUCACUAUAUAACUUCUCGGGAGUUUUCUAAGGAUGUUCGCUUCCUUACAAAUUCUCAGAACCCAACAGAAACCGUCGAAUCGUUGUUGGGAUCUGAAGUGUAUUUUAAUGCACAUAGAGGUGGAGGUGGUGAGAAGAGCUAUCCUCUCUUCUUUUGCGAAGGAAAACUGCAACCGAAGAGGAAUAGCCUCACAGUUUAUAGGAUCAGAAAUUAUUUUUCGGUCCAUGUUAUGGUCGAGUUUAUUGGUUGCACUGAUGAUUGCGGAAAUACUAUUGUGUGGAGUGAUCAGAUUGAAUUUGUAGUGGAUCAUUUCAACCUUUUUAAAAAUCAAGCAUUUGGACUCUAUCUGAUCACCGCCAUAAGACAUUUUCGAGCCAGUGAAUUUCCUCGCUGGAAAGUGACCGGGAUCAAAAAGGCAGUGCAGUUAUUUCGUAACGUGUGUGUGAAGUCCAAGAGCAACCAUUAUUUGGACUCUUCAAAGAGAAUGUCUGGAUCGCCUACACGUUUACGUCGUUCUCCUGAGAAGCAUGCCGUCAACAUCAGCGGCUACAAAGAUCCGUAUUUUGAUUCUGGAACAUGCACAGGAUCGGACUUUGAAGGCGAGGUCGGAAGGUGUGGCUGCUCACUGCAAAGGAUUUCUUUGUGUGGGUGUGAAGACCAGGAUCUCCGUAAGCAGCAAACGUUGCCAAUGAAUGAUGAACGUCUUGAGUUGGAACUACUUGGUUAUAUGGCUAAGGCUCUUAAAUCGGUCAAAGUCAGAGCUGUUAUAAAGCAGACACAUCCUGACAUUUAUUCCUCCUUGAUGGAAAUGGUGAGAGGAGUGUAG